AGAGCCCAAGCAUGUACAAACCGUUCAACCCAGACUGACAAGAAGAGGAAAGUCAUCAGCCUGCCACAGUUGGUAGGUAUGAAGGCACUCGGCUUCGGAGCAAGUAGCUCUAGUACCUGAUCUCUGAUGCGGUUGCAUAACGCAAGUGAAAAUACCUAUUAUUCCUCGCUUGCGGUUUUUGCGUCCAUCAUGAACACAAUCUUCUCGACCAGAUCUGACCUUCACCGGGCCUCGGAAGCGGGGAGGAUGAUGAUGCCGAACGAGGAGAUGAACGGUCAACGGUGGGCGGACAAGGGACGGGGCAGACGCACGGCGCCAUGACGCUUUCGGUCGCCUGCAUCGGGAUUGCUUGUAACACAGUGGAAUCCAUUGGCAGCAUUGUAAAAUUGCGCCGUUCAGGUACCCGCCAGGGCUGCUCCCGUCAAGGGGAACAGAUUCGAGCGGGACCAGCAACCAUGAGCAUUACUUAUCUUCAUACUGCAGGGCCGGCGUACGGUGGCCGAACCGGAAGCGCAUCUCGGGGCGGAACACCGAAAUCGAGGUGUAAGUCGGGGUGUCCCGGGCAAUGGACGGGCACGGAACUCUACCGUCUACCGACCGGGAACAGACCUCCUGUGGGCUGCCGACGCCGUCAUGGUUCGCAGCGUCAGCCCAGUCCCGACACUGUACACAAGCGGGCGGGGUUGCAGGUCCGUUGCAGGCGGAACAUGGAAGAGCUCCCGAACGGCGGUGAUCCCUGUGCCCGGCCACCUCCAGAACCACCAAACAGGCAGGCGCUGUGGCCCUUGAACCCCUGACCCCAUUGAUUGCUUGCAACGUAUGCGGGGUCGUCUCUAUGGAAACCGUGGAAACCCUCACCGUCACCUUCUCCUUGACGGAAUGGCAACAAAAACCAAAUCAU